AGACCUCUUUAAAACAAAAACAAAUCAAAAUGUUCAAAUUGGUGGUGUUGUCUGCUAUCCUGGCCGUUGCCGUCGCUGCCCCAUCUGGAGUCUCCCACUAUGCUGCCCCCAUCCUCACCAAAGCCGUCCACUAUGCCGAACCCCUCCACGCCACGGUGGUGAAGCCCGAGCUGGAGCGCCGCACAUACGUCGAGGUUGAGCCCCAGGUGCACGUUGUGGACACCCCAGUGGUGAAGAAGGUUGCCGAUGUUGUUGAGCACAUCCCAACUGCUGUGUCCCACCAGAGCUCCACCAUUGUCCACAACACCGAGCGCAUUGCUCACCCCAUCCUUGCUCACGGAUACGAGAAGACCAUCGUCGAGGGUGCCCCACUCGUCAAGACCUACCAUGAGGAUACCCCAGUCCUCAAGACCUACACCGCUCCCAUUGGUUAUGCUCACCACUACGAACCCCAUCUCUACUCCCACGCCUACGCCUACACUGCCCCACACGCCUACGCCCACACCUAUGCCGCCCCAGCCCUCCGCUACGGAUGGUAA